UCUUCAGGUAACUUUAACUUGGACAACACAUUCUUUCACAGCUCUGCAGAAUUGAUGGACGUUUGAAUCAAUGCAAUUUCAAUUCCGCAAGAGACUGGAGGAUAGUCUUCAUCAAAAUGAGCACAGAAAGGGACGAGCAGAUCAUUGACACCUGCUACACCACAGUCCAUACGCUGAGCAAGCCAGAUGGAAAAGAAGGGAAACGGCUCCUCUACAUGCAGAAAGAUGGCAGGUUCCAGGUGGUGUUCAAAAAGGCCCCAGGAGACUGGAGCACAUAUUUAAUGGACAUCUUCACCACUCUUGUAGAGACCCGCUGGAGGGUCGUGUUGCUCAACUUUUCCCUGUCUUACAUACUCUCCUGGCUCUUUUUUGGUCUUGUUUAUUGGCUCAUAGCUCAUGUCAAUGGAGAUAUUAGCAACAUACAUAAUGAACCCUGUGUGGAAAACGUGCGAGGAUUUACUGGAGCUUUUUUGUAUUCAAUGGAGACCCAGGCCACUAUUGGUUAUGGCAACAGAGGAAUGACUGAGAACUGUAUUGUUGCUAUCAUUGUGGUAACAGUUCAAAGUGUAUUUAGCUCCCUUCUUGACACCAUUGUCAUUGGCAUUAUUGUGGCUAAGAUGGCAUCUGCUCGCAAGAGAGCUCAAACAGUGGGUUUCAGCAAAUGUGCCGUGGUCAACCUACGAAAUGGAUGUUUAUGUCUGGCAUGGCGUCUUGGGGACUUCAGGGGGAAUCACAUUCUAGAGGGGGUCGCCAGGGCUCAGUUAGUCCGGUAUGUAAAGGGGCCAAUGGACUCCAUUGUGAUAUCAUAUGAGGAUCUGGAGAUUCAGGACCAGGAUGUUGUCCUUGCCACUCCAGCCAUGAUUAUUCACAAAUUGGAGGCGGGGAGUCCCCUUUAUAACUUGGGCCCCCAUGACCUGCUGGAGGAGGACUUUGAGCUGGUGGUCUCUUUCACCUACACUGGAGACUCCACGGGGAUGCUGCACCAGACACGCACCUCCUACACAGCAGCAGACAUCCGCUGGGGUCAACGCUUCCAGGACAUGCUAAAAGUGGGAAAGAAGCACUACAAAGUGGACUAUUCUCUAUUUAAUGAGAUCAUAUGGGUGCCGGUGCCCAUGCUCAGCGCAGAGACAUAUGAUAGAACGAGACGUCAUGCUGGAGGAAGAGCACAAUUAGCACCAGUCAAGGAAAAUGGGCACACUUGCCAGGUGAAUCUUGAAAUUACUGAGGAGGUGAUGAUACAAACCAGUUUGUAGUAGUGCACAGAUCUGGCAGAUGCCCAUUUAUGGGGUCCAGGGUAUUUCCAUAGGGGCUCAACUAUUGACAAAUUUUUCCAUUACCAGGAUCCACCCCACAGCAAAACAUUUUGGGAAAUUGUACCUGGCAGAGACAAACCCCCUGCAUUAAGCAGGUACCUAAGUUGCAGCCCAUCCAAAAUCUGCUGCUGCAUGCUGCAUGCUGCAUGGUGUUAACUCAUUGCUGACUGGCAAUGAAUCUAUGGUCCCUUUGAGUUUCAGUCUUCUUAUUUAUCACGGCCAUAAAUGGCGGUAUAUGCAUCAACCAUCACAACUUCUGUUGAUUUUAUCAUGCUUUACUUUUGUUCCUUCAUUUGUUUUAAUGCUCCGUCGGAACUGUCACAAAACCACUGCAUCACAACCGAGACUGUUAAAUAAUUAUCUCGCUAUAAAAAGGCUCCUACAAUGCAACUGCAACAACUGAAAGGAUCAAGGUGGAUGUCAGUCUUGGUAUAGUUCCCACCUUUUUAGUUUUACCCAAGAACCUUACUAGACCCUCCUCAUACGAUGCAUAAUGGCUGUCCAAAUUGGGCUACUUUGUAGUAAUGGUAUGACAAGUUGAGGUCAUACAAAUAUGUUUAUAUGUGACUGUAAAUAUGUGUAUAAUUAAUAUUUGUAUAUAUGUGUGUAAGUUCAAUAAAGCUUGAAAAAUUC